GGGAAUAGUUUGCAGACAUUUGCUUGCAGUGAAGAGAUCCAGGAUGUCCUCCUCAGUUCGGCUGCUCAUGGUGUGAUCAUACUUCAUCCUUCCAAGUGGGGAGAAGAAGCAGAAGUUAGAGUUGUUUUUUUGUCAUGGAUCUUCAGACCUCAGCAGAGCACAGGCUGGCCAAUCAAGCCUCAGGUUUCCACUGGCUUUCCUUUGCUUAUCAGGGCCUGACAGAGAUCCCAUAUGACACCAUACUAAUGCAGACAGACACGCUGGAGGUCUUGGACCUGAGUUACAAUAUCCUGGAUGAGAACCCGGCUCUGUUGGGGCGGCUCGAGAAGCUCAGCACUCUGAUUCUGGACUCCAACAACUACACAUCUCAUGUCAAGUUUCCCUACAUGCCGAGCAUUACCGCAGUUUGCAUCAACAAGAACAAGAUUCACAACCUGCCAGUGUUUGUGGAGGAGAUCAGGCAAAAGUUCCCCAAUAUCAAGAUCCUGAGUAUGAUGAACAAUGAGGCCGCACCUAGCUACUUCAAUGGAGGAAGUCUGUCCCAAUAUAAAGACUACAGACAUUAUGUGAUCAGUCAGAUCCCAGACCUUGAGAUUCUGGAUGACACAGAGGUUCUGGAGAAGGAGAGAGUCCAAGCCAGGAAAACCUACACACUGCAUCAGGACAAUCUCAGCAGAAGGAAGAAGGACGAGUUGUCCAGGAAAAACACACACAUGCAGAGGAAGGCCGAUACCAUUAUAAGACAAUAAAAUCGUCCCUUUCACAAUAUUGAUAUUCAAUUAAUUUUGGUCUAUACUGAUUCUGCCAACAUUUAUAAAUAUAUUAAAUGAUGCAGCACCUUCAUAUUAAAACAAGAAACCUUUCUUGUUCA